AUGUCUCUCUCGGUCCGUUUUCCUAACCGGAAGUUAUGGAGGGUUCUGCUAGCAGCUGUUGCCCUGGUGGCCCUACUCCAUGUGCUCACUUCAGACCGCACACUGUUUUACACUUGCCAUCUGAUGAAAGACUCGGCACAGGUCAGUCAGAUUAAACUUCCAUUUCCAAGAGACAAUCAAAUCGAGUCCAACAGUAGUUUUACACAGACUGGUUUGUCAAAAACAAAAGAACUGGAGGAGGAAUUAAAUCAUUCUAACCUAGCGGAAUUUUGGGAGACAGCGGGGCAUAUGCUAGGCCCUAAUGGACUCUACCCGGAGGACUUUAAUGUGAGCAUUGUUCUGAACAAGAUGGCCACCAGCAAAAUUGUGAGUGCCCAAGGAAGCCCCGGAGGAACGUCUUAUAAAUGGAAGGUUCGGUUAGAAGGAGGUCAGUACGCCAUCUUCAAACCUCAGCUUGUAGAGCCAGAAAGAGAGAGAAAGACGUCGUGUAAUACAGGACACGAGCAACCGCGUGUGGAAAUAGCCGCCUUCCACUUAAUGAGGUUGUUCGGGUUCAGGACGGUGCCGUUUGUCGCAGGAAGGAAGGUGAACAUAACCAGCGAAAUCUUACCGCAUGCAGCUCGAUCUGUGAAAAAGUUCAUUAAGACUUACCCAGAUGGGACUGCAUGCAUUCGUCACAAAUGUUUCUACUGUAAGGUAGAAAGGUCGACAUGUUUCCAAGACGGUGUCGUCGAUGGCGCUCUCAUGUUCUGGUUGCAUCAGCCUAUAAGCUACAGACUCGGUGUGAAUAGCUCCUACCAUCCAUUUCAUCAGUUAACCUUUAACAAAAGCAUAUACAAUUUCGGUGUGAAUGACCCUCCUCACUGUGAUUGGGUUCGGAGCAUGCGCAUUUACGACAAGCCUCGGUACUUCUUGGAUCUCGUCGACAUGACCAUUAUGGGUCACGUGCUAGGCAAUCAGGAUGAAAAACACGUGUACAUACGGGAUGAACAAGACAACCCUAUAAUGACCGUUCACAUCGACCAUGGCUUAGGGAUGUGUUUAUCGACGAGGGAAGUUAACGCCAAUAAAAAUCUAGCAGCUCUUACUCAGUGCUGUAGAGUCCGAGAGUCAACCAUUGGCGCCCUAAACCGACGUCUACCAACGUUACGAGAGGAUUUCGAGCGUUCGAGCUCAAGAGAUCGUCUCUAUCCAUUACUGACUGACCAUCAACUGGACGCAGUGGUUAGGCGGGCAGACGAGGUGUUUGAGGCCCUCAAAAAGUGUGAGGAAGUUGUGGAUUCCUCUGUGCUGUUUGACAAGACUAACUGAGAGCUCGUACUCUUGCACGCGGACAGACGCGCUGAUGCAGUCAAUGUGGCACACCAAGGAACCAAACAUUAACAUUUGGAUAGAUUCGCUCUUAUCGUGCUGUCAAGUCGGAAUGUAUAGUGGACGCCCAUCGGAAUUCUUGAAAAUAGGAAAGUAAAUAUGUUUGCCAACGAAAGUUUGAGUGUGAAAGCAAUUUAAACUUAAUAACAAUAAUCAUAAUAGUAAUAAAACAUUCAGCCAUCUGUCCUGGGAGGAUGCCGUACAUUCAAAAAGAAAAUCCUUAAAAUGUAAAGAAAAUCUGUUGUAUUGUGAUGCUAAAACGCAUUCUGUCAUUGCGUCAGAUUAUUCUGUUCAAUAUGGCAUUCAAACACACAUUUCACAGAAGUGUUUCAGCCGAGAACAUUGACGUGUUUUUUUUUUAAAAUGGCACACAAAAUAACCACCCAGAAUAUCCAUGGAAUUCCUGGAGAACCAUUUGCUGACAUUUCGAUCCUUACUAUUCACCUAUCAACCAUAAUCGACGCGCAGCAUGAUGUCUAACAUGCCAAGCUUCCGAAACUGUAGGCAUCAGGCCAGAAUGCCAUUUGUGUUUGGCUUGAGCGAUUCGCCAUGUUUGAUGUAUGCGAUCGCUUUGACUUCCUUGCUCUGGUGACUUUUCUUGUUUUGGGGCUCAGUGAUUUAGAAAUACUCACAACGGAUUAUAUGUUGUGAACUUGUUUAGUUGUUGUGAUAUGUUGUAACAGUAAGCUGUAACAUACAGUUAAUGCUGUGAUACUGAGAAUGUGUCAAAAUGCCAAGUGCCUUCUGUCACUGCAUAUGUUUCAUGGGGUUGGUUGAGCCAGCCCAAUCAUGCUGUCAUAUAUUCAUACAAGUACUAAUACGAACCAUUUCUGGAUCGAAAAUAAAAUCUACCU